GCCGCAGCCCCCAUGGCGCCCCUUCCGCUCGAGCUCGCGCUCCUGCUGGCCGCGGUCGUGGCCGCCGCGGGCUACGGCCGGUUACGACCCGAGCAGAACGGCAGGCUCUUCAACGGGGUGUACUUCGUCUACGAGGGGAAGACACUGGGUGAUAUGUGGAAAAUCCAGACCUCCAGAGAGAGCGACCUGGCCCCCUGCCCAGCAGGGACAUCUGUGUGUAGCCUCGUGCACUUGAGGUUCUGGCUGCCGGUGCUGUCCCAGCGUCUCUGCCGGUGUCAGCAGGGCCAAUGCCCCUACCAGUGGUCAGACCAGGAUGGGAAGACGCUGCUCCUGAACAAUAGGAUACAGAUGAAGUUUUGUGAGCCGGUGGCAGCACUGCCGGCCUGCCCGGCCGAACCUGCGCCUUCGGCCACGCUGGAGCGGCGCCGCGACUCCAGCGCGCUCGAUCUCGAGGAGCGCCGCGACGUGAGGGUGCACUGCUCCUGCACCUACCCCAGCGGACACGCGCUUAUGUCCGAGGAGACCGGACAGGUCGACACGCAGCUGCUCACCGUCUACACGUGCCGGAGGCUGCAGCCGUGCCUGCCGUCCGAGUCGUGCGGCGCCAUCCGCAUGGACACCUACUCCACCUACUACACGUGCAGCUGCCCGGCCGGCCAGCUGUGCCUCUUCAAGGAGGAGUACCGCAAGAAGGUGAAGCGAGAUGUGCAUCAGUUGUUCUACAGCGGCCGCGCCUACGUCGGCGAGUGUCGCGCCGUCCACCGGUAGCGGGUGGGGUAGCCGUCGCAGCCGCCGUCCGCAGAGCUCUGGACAUUCACAGAGCUGCACGGUACUUCGUCCAGCACCGUGAAGCAUAACGCUAGGUCAGGCGUUGGAAGCACAAGCGUUCUGAAUCCGUGGGUGGAGAUGUGUGCCCCAUUGGGAGGGGUUUGCACCUCAUUGAGGUGCAGGUGGCCAUGUAUGUAGCUUGUUGGCCAUGCAAUGUUGCAAUGCGUCAUGCCGAUGGCAGCAAGGGACGACGGAGCCCAGAUCGGUGGUCAGGUCUGUAAACACGACUCGGUACACGGUCAUGAACGAGAGGCCACAAACUGCGCCAGGCUGUCCCCAAAUAAUGCAUCCACUGCACACACACAGUUGCUGUGAUGUUCGAACACCAAUCCAUAGCUGAAUGAUCAGUAAUAAGGUACGCCUGGUCCGGAGGCUGCCAGGGCCCGAGCGCUUCGGCGUAAUGAACUGCAGUCGUGGAGGCCGCCCUGGGAUUGGCUUGCGUGCCGAGCGCGGCUGUGAUCGGCUUGGUCUGUGCAGCACGCAGCGCUGCCGGCUGCGUCUGCGAUGUGUGAGGGUCAGGCGUCAGAUCCCAUACCGUGGUGAUGGGACGCGUGCUGCCGGCUGCGUCUGCGAUGUGUGAGGGUCAGGCGUCAGAUCCCAUACCGUGGUGAUGGGACGCGUGCUGCCGGCUGCGUCUGCGAUGUGUGAGGGUCAGAUGUCAGAGCCCAUACCGUGGUGAUGGGACGCGUGCUGCCGGCUGCGUCUGCGAUGUGUGAGGGUCAGGCGUCAGAUCCCAUACCGUGGUGAUGGGACGCGUGCUGCCGGCUGCGUCUGCGAUGUGUGAGGGUCAGAUGUCAGAGCCCAUACCGUGGUGAUGGGAUGCGUGCUGCCGGCUGCGUCUGCGAUGUGUGAGGGUCAGAUGUCAGAGCCCAUACCGUGGUGAUGGGAUGCGUGCUGCCGGCUGCGUCUGCGAUGCGUGAGGGUCAGAUGUCAGAGCCCAUACCGUGGUGAUGGGACGCGUGCUGCCGGCUGCGUCUGCGAUGUGUGAGGGUCAGAUGUCAGAGCCGAUACCGCGGUGAUGGGACGCGUGCUGCCGGCUGCGUCUGCUAUGUGUGAGGGUCAGAUGUCAGAGCCCAUACCGUGGUGAUGGGACGCGUGCUGCCGGCUGCGUCUGCGAUGUGUAACGGUCAGGUGUUAGAGCCGAUUUUGUAUUGGUGGGACGCGUACUGCCGGCUGCAUUUGCGGUGUAUGAGGGUCAGGUGUCGGAGCCCAUACUGUAGUGGUGGGACGCGUACUGCCGGCUGCGUCUGCGAUGUGUGAGGGUCAGAUGUCAGACCCGACACUGAGUUGGUGGGACGCUACUGGCAGCGUGCAGGUAUCACGUGUGAUCAGUUGCCCUCGUGCAGCCUUUGCUGGUGACGUAUCCGUGGGUGACUGCUUCUUCUUCGUGCUUAUGAAAUGACUAUUACGGCGGAGGUGAGAGUGAAUCUUGUGUAUCUUUGCGAUGUGCUCCAUAUUUUUCAAGUUCACUGAGGAUAAAUAUUUCCUGAAGGGUAUCGACAAGCUAAAACUUUGUAGCUUCCUCUAAAGUGAAACGCAGUUGUUUGCACGCGUCGCAAUAAAGGGCGAUGUCGGUCAGCCAUACACAUUCUUCUUCCCUUUGCACC